AUAAAAAAUACAUUACAAAAAAAUAUUCAGAAGAUUGAAAUAUUAGUUUAGUUAAGUGAAAAAAACAUAAACAAAGGUAUGAAUCCCAGCUUGUGAAUACACGAGCUGCAUGACCCUGGUUAGGUAACUUCUCAGGUCCCAUUUCUUUUCUGUGAAAUGGGGAUCAGUUCUGCACUUAAGUGUUAUGAACUGUGUAGAUGAUAUAUAUGCUGGAAAUUAUGACAAUUAUUUAAAGUUUUCCUAGUGCAAAAGUAACUGCGCCGUGGCACAGGAAUCUAAAAUACAAAGACUGUAGAGUAGUUGGUUAGUUUGGAACAACUGAGACGCUAUUUCUGGCACUUCCCCCAACCCAUUCCAAUUCCUUGCCGCCUCCUCCUGCGCGUGGUUGGCGUCACCAUGGCAAUAAGCACGCGGCCCAAGCACAAUUCUCUGACAGUUGCUGACCUCGGCCGCUUACUGGCCUUGGCCUGGGACUCCAAGGCGCGUCCCAUUCUCUCAGGCGGCUGAGGGCUAGGGACCGAGGAGCAGCAUGGACAAGGCGGCGGCCUCUUCGCCGCUGGAGGACUUGGAUCUGAGCGGAGAGGAGGUCCAGCGGCUCACCUCCGCCUUUCAGGACCCCGAGUUCCGGCGAAUGUUUUCCGAGUACGCCGAGGAGCUCACGGACCCCGAGAACCGGCGGCGCUACGAAGCGGAGAUCACCGCGCUGGAGCGUGAGCGCGGAGUGGAGGUGCAGUUCGUGCACCCGGAGCCCGGCCACGUGCUGCGCACUAGCCUGGACGGGGCGCGGCGCUGCUACGUGAACGUGUGCAGCAACGCGCUGUACACGGUCUACGAUGUGGUCUUCCACCCAGACGCGCUCGCGCUGGCCCGGCGCCACGAGCGCUUCCGCCAGAUGCUGGACGCCACGGCCCUGGAGGCCGUGGAGAAGCAGUUCGGCGUGAAGCUGGACCACAGAAAUGCCAAAACCCUGAAGAUCAAGUACAAGGGAACUCCGGAGGCCGCUGUGCUGCGCACGCCCCUGCCCGGGGGUGUCCCGGCCCGGCCCGAGGGGGAGCCGGAGAGCUCCUUCCCCGACUUCCCCUACCCCGAGCUGGUGGUCACCAUCGAGCUGCCGCUGCUGCGCUCGGCCGAGCAGGCGGCGCUGGAGGUGACGGGAAAGUUGCUGUGUCUGGACUCGAGGAAACCCGACUACCAGCUGCGGCUCUCGCUCCCGUACCCGGUGGACGACAGCCGCGGCAAGGCGCAGUUCAACAAGGCCCGACGGCAGCUGGUGGUCACGCUGCCCGUGGCGCCGUCCGCCGCGCGCCGGGAGCCCCUAGCGCCGCCGGAAGAGCCCGCCGGGGCCGGAACUGACAGCGCGGGCUGCACUUCCGCUCGCGAAGGAGGGACGGGCCCGGCUGAGGGUCGCGCUGGGGAAGAGGACGCCGGGAUCACCACGCCGGAUGCCGCAGGGGAGGAACUUGUCUCCGAACCGGAACGGGACUUCGGCGGGCAAGCGGUGGCGACUGCCGGGAUCGAGGAGAAACCGCUUCCCGGAACUGGGAGCUCGCCCGGGGACCUAGACGGGGGCCCUCCUGCGGGAGGAGGGAGUGUGUGCGGAGGUCUCAGCGUCGGGACCCGCGUGGCCCGGGAAGACUCGGGCAGGGAGCCCUCCGAUCCAGCCAUGGAUGGUCCCGGGACAGACAGCCGGAGACCUCUGUGUCCUCCGUUGCAGUGUCGUCAGGAUGAAGAAUCCCUGACUCUGCUUAUCCUAGUGCCUCGGAUCCAACCGCAAAGUCUUCAAGGGGAUGUGAGCUCCCUCCGGUACAAAUUGUGCUUCUCCACCCAAGACUUAGUUUAUUAUUCCUUCUUUUUGCAGUUUGCUCCAGAAAAUAAAUUGAGUAUCAAAGAACCAGUGGUUAGCAUUUCUUCAAACAAUGCAGUAAUAGAACUGGCCAAAUCUUCAGAGUGCUAUGGACAUUGGAGAGAGUGGUAUUAUGGUUUAAACAACGAUUCUUUGGAGGAAAGGUUAUUUGUCAAUGAAGAAAAUGUCAAUGAAUUUCUUGAAGAGGUCCUGAGCCCUCCAUUCCAACAGACAAUACCCCUAACUUCACCGUUAAUUGAAGUUCUUCAGGUUACUGAUAGUAAGAUUCAAAUUCAUACAAAGUUGCAAGAAUGUAGUAACUCUGCUGAACAGCUUCACGAAAAGGAAGAAAAAGUCAACGAAGGAAGUCAUCCAACCAAAAAAAAAGAACAUCCUACCACCUCAACAACUGCUUCUGAUUCAUCUAUAGCUGUUAAAGUACUAGAAUUAGACAGUUGUGGUUCAGUUGAAUACUUGCAACAAGACUCUCUUGAUGUGUCUCAAAUAUUUGGAAAGUCUCAGCAACCUGAGUCAAAAAUGGAAGAAAAAGGUGUUUACUCAAGUGAGGAAAAAGAUAAUUUAAAAGAACCAGUAAUAACUGAAGAGGAAGAAUUAACAGUUCAGAAUAUUCCUGGUUUUGACAACAUAAAAGAAACCAAUAUGCAGGAUGGUAGUGUGCAGAUUAUUAAAGAUCAUGUGACUCAUUGUGCAUUCAGUUUUCAGAAUUCUUUGCUAUAUGACUUGGAUUAAUUCUUCAGAAUUUAAAGGUUAAGAGUAGAAAAUUUUUGGACUUAAAUUCUAUUUCUGUAAACUACUACCUUAAAACCAAAGAUAUUCAAGAAAGUAUAUUUUGGAUUUAAAAUAGGUUUCUGUUUACUCUUUAAAAACUGAAGAUAUUCAAGAAAUUAAAAUUUGCAAUUUUGAUUCUAAUGGGGAAACUGGAGAUAUUUUUUUGCAUGUUUAUACAGCUUCCUUAAUUAGGGAGAUAAGUUUUGGGAUUCCUCUGAGAGAUGUAUAUUAUUUCUGAGAGUUAAACAUUUAGUUUUAAUAUAACCUGUAUAUAUUUA